ACAAAACAACCAUCAUCUUAUGAAGAUUAUAUGGUAUUUAUUCAAUCGUACUAUAAUGCAGCGAGUAUAUAUUAUUUUUAUCAGAAAUAUGAAUUCGCAUUUGAGGUGAUCAACGAUGGUUUGAAAUAUAUCGAUUCAAUAAAAAAUCAUUUAAAUUCUGAAAAUCAAUAUGACAAUCAAAACAAACAUGUACAUGUGUGGUAUAUACUAUUAAAGACAUUGAAAUUAGAUAUAAUGAAGCAUAUAACGAGUAUUUCUGACCAAGAUAUACAGCAAGCAGAUCAUGAAUUAUCAGAAGACGAAAAUAAAUUUAAUGUUCCAGAAUAUGGAUCGUUUCCCAGCUCAGCAGUAUUAUUGUUUCGAGGAUAUUUUUUAAUCAGAGUCAGUUUAUUUAAUUUAUAUAAUAUCAAUAAAUAUUAUUAA